GGUGUGGGUGAGAUACAACUGAGAAAGAGAGCAAGAGAACACAGACCAAAAAAAAAGACAGAAAGAGAGAGGGGAAACAUAAGAGCAUAAGCUCGUUCUGCUUGUGGCCGGACAAGCUGACGCAGAGAGAGAACAAAGUGGCUAGAGGCUGAGCUGACGGAAGAGAACUGUGACGACAAAAAGAAUGUAAAACACAACGGCAGUGCGGUGGAGAACCGAAGAACGCAAACUAAAAAGAAGGAGAGCAUAGGAGAAAGAAAUUAAAGCCAACACAAAAAACUUAUUUCAGGAAACAACUUCUAGAGACUAAGUAUCUGUAGAACCGCUAGCUGUAGUGACAGAAAGAGGUCAAGAGCAGGUAAAGACAAAGCCAGCUGACGGUCCAGCAAUGAGCACCAAAAGCUGCCCGGACCAACAUGAGCACAAUGGACAAUGCUGUGACUUCUGUCCAAAAGGGACAUAUGUAUCAACUGACUGUACCAACUCCUCAAAAACAAAGUGUAAGACGUGUCCUCAUGAGCACUACACAGAAGAGAAGAACUAUAUGCAUGACUGUCUGCCAUGCAAGCAGUGCCAUCCUGAAAAUCAGAUCGUGCUAAAGCCCUGUCAGCAGCACAAUGACCGACAGUGUGGGUGCAAGGAAGGCUUCUUCUGUAGUAGUGGUUCUCCGGGUCACUGUGAGCACUGCCUUGCACUUACAGUCUGCCCGCCAGGAAAAGGAGUAUCUGUUCAAUUCACCAGUCAUAGUGACACCACCUGCAGCCCCUGCGCACCAGGAACUUUUAGUGAUGUGGAGGAUUACAAAACACCUUGUCACAAUCACACCAAUUGUGAGGAGUUAGGUCGCCAUUUGCUGACCCCUGGCACGGCCACUACAGAUGCCAAGUGUGGAGACGUCAUCCAGAAUUGUCCCUGGAUGAUUUCAACGGGUCUGUUGGUGGGGCUAAUCAUGACAAUAGUCAUCUGCUUUGUUGUGGCACUUCUUUAUUGGAGGACUAAACGUAAAUCACAGCAAACAGUGAGAACUUCAGAGAGUUUCAUCCCGCCAGUGCUCCCUCCAGACAUCAUCAAGCACCCAAGGAGCCCUGAACAGCCAUUCUUUCACAGAGAUGAAAUCUUCUCCAACACAGACGACUGCUGUCUGGACUGUGACGGCGUUACCUUGACAACGCUGACCGCGUCAGAAAAAUACGCCUACUCAGCCAGUCAGUGUGAGUGUGGGGGUUUCAACACCAGUGACCCUUUCAUUCUCCAGUCUGAACCGCAAGAGGACGAGUGGCCUGGAGCCUGAACACAUCUGUUGUCAUAUCAAUCAGUUCAUUACCACAAAUACCAAAUCUAAACACAUCAUUUGUAUAUGAACUCAUUAUUUUGACUGAUACUCUGUUCCCUUCAUUAAACUUAUUUCUGUAUAAUAAA